UCAGUGUCCGUUCCUGAGCAGCGCUGGAGCUGGAGCCGGUUCCCAGGUCCUGCAGCUGAGGAGCGCCGCCGUUGUCCACGGCCCCUACCUGCGGGGGGCGGCUGGGCCCCGCGGCGGAGCUCGGGGGAUGUGACUGCCUGGCGGCUGCGGCAACGUCCGGGGCCGGGGGAGGGGGUGUCUCGGGCAGAGACCCCCGGGCUCGGGGCAGCUGAGGCGGCCGGGCCUCCUCCCCCUUUCGCCGCCUCCCCCCUGCGAAGCCCCGCGAGUCUUUCGUCCCUCAGAGCCCUGCGCCGGCUCUGGGACCCUGGGGGUGGUCUCCUUCCCCCCUAGACCUGGGACGCCGGCUUCCUGAGGCGUGGAGGAGCGUCGCCCCGGAGUAAGCCGCCCGCGCCUCGCCCGGCAGCCUCCCUCUCACCCUCCCGCCGCCCCUUCGUCCGACUCCCAGCCCCAAGUUUGGUCUCGGAUCCCCCCCACCCCAUUCAAAUCCCCUCCCUGCUGUCAAGGGGCCUCCCCUUCCCCCCAGGUUGCUCCCGGGAGCCUCUUAAUGUCCUGACUUCUCCCAAUGUCACCGACGGCCCCCCUCGUCUCAGCGCUGCCAAAAACUUCAAUGCAAAGGAAAAGUCUGGACUCGUUUCACAGGCCUUUUAAAAAGCGGACUUAA